AUGGUGAAAUUUAAGGAAAAAAAUGUGAAAGUCCAUUUUAAAUAUGAGAGGCUACCUACUUUCUGUUUUGCUUGCGGUCGAAUUGGGCGCCAGCUGAAGGAUUGUGAGACUCUAGAAGAGCUGAAUGAAGAAGGAUUUGAAGAAAUUGAAGAACAAGAGCUUGCAUUUGGUCAACGGAUACAAGCAUCACCUCUUCCAAAGACUGUUGAAGACCAGAAGAAAAUGGAAACCAGCUCUGAAGACUGCAGUAAAAACCUGUUUAACGCUUCAUCUGGGAAAAGAAGGUUUGAUUCAAAUGCAAAGGAGAUAUCUGAAGAACCAGAAGUUCAACAACAGAAGCGAGGUGAAGGGUCAAAGGAAGUAGCAGAAGGUUUGCAGUCAGCAAAGAAAAGGGGAACACUCGACAUCGAAAAGGUGGCAGAAUCAUUUGGAGCAGUGGCAUUAACAACAGAGACGUUAGGAAGAAAUUCAGGCAUCAUUAGGAAGAAAUGGACCAGAAAGAGAGGCAACCAGAAGAAGUUAGGGCCAGCCAACAAAGGAGAAAGGAGAUGUGUAGAAGGGACAAAAAGGCAGCUGAUAGAAGUAAUGGUUAUGGAAGGCUCUAUUGAGGAGUGCGGCAGUGGAGAGAAGAAGAGAAAAUAA